AGCAUAUAGCGGUAUACGGUUUUGUGCUUAUAAGAAAAGCUUUUAUAAUAUAUGUGUCUCAAAACAUGGGCGUGUACCAUCGACGGCAAGUUUCGUAAUUUAGCCAAGCAAGAAAACGAAUCGAGUGUCUUCAGUUUCAUAUUGUUAUUCAAUACAUCCGUGCCAUGCUAGAGCCAUGGAGAAGGGCAAAAUUGAAUGGAAUGAGCGACCCAUAGUACGAGUGGAGGCAACGGUAAUGGUUCGUGGGGAACUUGGUUGGACUCCACACCUUGGGGCUGGCCACAGUAAAGUAGCUGUGUAUGAGAGCAUGCCUCGAACCGACUAUCGUUUGUAUGGAUACAGAAUACAAGACAAAGAGGUGACACUGGACACUCUUAUACCCCCACAAAUGAUCUUCGUACGAGCAAGCGCCAUUUUCCAUCACUGGGUUAUCGGUCAAGAACGCAUGGGACUUGCAUUUAAUGGGACAGCCGACGCACGCUCCUUUGACCGUGGCAUACGAGUCGCUCUGGAAAACCUCGAUAAACCCCGAAACAUGAGCAGUGGUAGCAGCACAUGUAGCCGAACAUCGGAAGAGGCUUCCCCGACCUCUGUCACCUCAUUUACGAUCCUUAACUCCGCUGAUGUGAAAGAAGACUCAACCACUCGAGUGAAGAAGCUCUCAACAUCAUCCUCUCACAACUCGACUCCUUCUGCAACUUCCCCCCAUCCUGCAUCGUGUCCGAGACCAAGUGCCUCUAUUAGUUUACCUGCGUUUCGUCAGCCCGCCACUUCCACAUCUUCGUUGUCGUGGCACCGACCAUCCUCAUCUAGAUUACAAAGACGUCACUCCUCCUCAGUACCCGGCCACCCUCAAAGAGCCUCCCCCACACCUCCCUCUCCCACCACAGUAUUACCUGGUGACCACGCACCUCGCUUACAUACCAACCCCAUGAAAUCAAAAGCCACGGAGCCAGCAAAGGACGUUGUGACUCCUUCCGUGAAAGACGCCACGCCAACCGCUCAACGCCACGCCGUUAAUACGUCCAGACGCCACAGAAUAAGACAACGUGAGAGCACUCAGGGUCGGCAUAAAUCCUGGAGAACAAAAACCCCAAAUCUUGACAUACUGGAACGACAGCGUGACUUACAACCACCUAAACCAAACUCCUACGUCCAAAUACCUUCGGCUACGCCCUCGCCCUUUUCAACACGGCCAGGGGCGAGUCUGCCCACGCAUUGUAGGUCGCUACGAACCUCAGAAGACUUGCGGAAUAAAUACGCUUCCCACCGUUACACACCACAACUGCAGAGAACGCCUUACCAUGAUUAUAGAUACCAUGGUAUGAAGUCGGCAGAUGAUUGCCUUAUGGAGCAGCACAAGACGACUCUAUUCCAUACGAGUCCUUCAUUUGGUUCAUAUACAGACCCUAUUAAACCUCCAGCAAGCACAAAGUCUUCUGAGCGUGGUGGGCGAAGAAAAGAAGAUUUAGGCGAGCGUACACGUUGUCGAUACUGUCAAGUGUUGUAUAAUCGGGAGCGAAACCCCGCCGGUUCCUGUCCUGCUGCUCCGGUUAACACAUGCCCUUGUUUUACCCGAUGUAGCACCUGUUUGCCGUGCACAGACGACAACACUCGAGUUUGGACCCACCGGCGCUGGUGUAUUUUUGCCAUCGUCUCAAUUUUUAUACCCUGUUUGUGUCUUUAUCCUAUUUUAAAGAACUGCCACCGUUGCGGCGCAGUUUGCCACUGUUGCGGGGGCAAACACAAACCGAUGCCUUUACAAACUGAAGCGCGGACAUAAACACUUUAUAAUAUUUGCAGUUCCUUUUGUUUGCCAAACGAUCGUGUAUUAAUCUUCACUCAAAAGGCGCAGUUUCGUCGCGGCUACAAACGUUGUUUCAGUGUGCUUAUUUAAGCGACGUUGUCAUUAAUUGAAAGGCACCUUUUUUGAAAGUGCAGUAGCCAAAGCGACGUUUUAACUGUUUCCCACUGUACGAGUUUAAAAAGUCUCUUUACCUCAUGUGUUUCCACACUCUUCAACUUAACGCUAUCACAGGUAUAUCUUGCAACCGUUUUGCAUAUCAAAUGGCUAUCAACGCCGCUUAAUAGUGGCACGACACGUCCCUAUUCGUAGCAGUGUCUAACAAGCAAAGUCGCACUGCUUGUAUUUUAAUAUUUUUAUUCCUAAAAAGUUUCUUUUAAAAUUUCGGUUAGUGUUUUUACUCACUAAUAGUUUACUACACGUAUUUUAAUCGUUCGUGCGUCGCAAACCGAACGUAUUGUCGUUAGAAAAACACUUCUUUUUACAGUGUUAUAUUCUCUAAUAUAAUACAGCAUUCGCAGAUCGUUUUAAAUGGUACAGCCUUUUGCGAAAAAUAGUACACACACUGAAGUGUACAUUUUCUACUUUUAUUCUUUACCUUCCUUUAAGUACAGCGUGUGUUCAUUUUAACCGCCACAUGCAAACUAAUGUUCAGAAAACAAACUACACAAUUUAAACGUCCUAUAGCUCCUAUAUUGUCGAUGGACAGUGUCUUUAUGGUUGCAAUAACCCACGGUGCUUCUCAAACACAAGGUGUAAAUGUGGUGCAAGACACUGGUACAGCUUGGCGUACGUUUUUUGGCAAUUGUCCCACACUUGCCGAGACUGCAAUCAUAUCUAACUCAUUCUGAAAAACGUACACUUAAAUUGCUCUCACCAAGUGAUUUAAACACCGACUAGUUUUUUGAACUAAUUGUCUUACUAACCACCACACUUUACUAUAUAACAAGCUACCAUAUAUAAGCGAUUCACUUAUACGUAAGUGUAUGACAACUUGUUCUUUAUUGACUGAAAGUUUUAAAACGUCUCUCUUAAAAGUUUCGUAUUUGAUUCGCAACGUACUAUAUUGUUGUUUUGUAUAAAUUGCAAUUUGUUCUUCGCCAUGCUCGAUAAAUCGUUGAUAUGUGUUUUA